AACACAGACCACUUACAAAAUGUUCAAGCUGGUGGUGUUGUCUUGCGUUCUAGCGGCGGUGUCUGCGGGAAACUUCUACGGGGGAUACCUGUCACCUUUCGCACCUCUGACCUACUCAACGCCGUUUUUGCAGCCUUACAACUACCGCGGACCCUACUCUCUCGCUCCUGGCCAACCUGCCAACAUUCUGGCUUCUGAUGGCAGACCUCUCGACACUUUGGACGUUAACUUGGACCGCUCUGCGCAUUUCACCGCAAAAGCUUUGGACAGUGGAUUCCAUGUACUGAAGAAGCGUUCCGCUGCUUUUAUUGCACCUUUCGUCGCUCCAUUGGCUUACUCUGCACCUCUUCUUCAGCCAUACAACUACCGUGGUCCAUUAUCAUUGGCUCCUGGACAGCCAGCCAAUAUUUUGGGUUCAGACGGUAGGCCCUUAGACACUUUGGAAGUUAACUUGGAUCGCUCAGCCCAUUUCAAGGCACAGUUCCUCAACAAUGAAGUACACCUUUUAAAGAAGCGCUCCGCAAGUCUGAUCGCCCCCAUCCACACUGUUGCCAUCACUAGGACGCCACUGAUCGCUUCCAACUACGCGUAUGCUUCGCCAUUCGCCCACCAAUACCUUAAACCGAUCUCGUACGCCACUAGCCCCAUCACACAUAUCUUCUAACAACUUAACAAAAAUGUAAAUAAAAAAA